UCUAUGUGACGCAUGCGCAGUCCCACCGCUCUGCUCGGUGCAGAGCGCGCGGCUCUCCGCUGCUCAGACAGAGUUGAUGAUCAGUGUGUAUCAGUGGAUACCUGAUGGAUGGAUGGAUGCACCAGCGAUGAUGGCCUGAUCAAUCAGAACCCCGCGCGCACUCCCACCUGUUCAGUAUUGAUGAGUGAUCAUUGAUCAGCUGCUGAUAUUGUGUGCCUGAGUGUAGUUCAGAGCUUCAUACCAGGACUCCACUUUCUUCAUCCAUCACCUCCUCCGUGAUGAAGACUCCUCUCAGCCCCUCUCACCCACUGGAGAGGGCGCAGAUCUUUGCCUUUGGAGGGAUGUGUCAAGAGCUGAUGGACCCCCCAACACCAACAACCAUCAGUCUCUCUGUCCAGCAGACUCCAUCCCAAGGUCAGGGUGUGGCCUACUCGCUGUGUGAGGUGUGUAACCUGCAGCUGACCUCUGCAGGUCAGGCCCAGGUGCACUACAAUGGCAGGUCUCACCUCCGGAGAGUGAGACAGCUCCAGGCUAGAGAGACAGGACAACAGGCAGGAGCAGGGGCUCAGUCUAGGUCUCUUCCCCAGGCCACAGGGCUCAUCUCCAAGCCUGCAGGACUAACUCCGACCCCAGGCCUCAGUCCAGGCCUCAGCGCUCCACCCAGCACGACUGCAGGAAGUGGGUGUGGCGCAGUGGGCGGGGCGUUGCCGGGGCUGAUUGGCGCCACUGGUCCCUCGGUGAUGAUGAAACCAUUCCUGUCUUUUCCUGUCGAGACGACGUCGCCAGUCGGCCUUUUCCCAAACUUCAACACGAUGGACCCGGUGCAGAAGGCCGUCAUCAACCACACUUUUGGCGUUACCUUGGUACCCAAAAAGAAACAGGUCAUCUCAUGCAACGUUUGCCAGCUGAGGUUUAACUCUGAUUCUCAGGCAGAAGCUCAUUACAGAGGCAGUCGUCACGCCAAGAAGCUCAAGUCUCAGGAGAACAAGACCAAGGCCAAGCUGUCAAUCACUGGAGAGACCAAUGGGAGCAUCACAAGUCCAGUUUGCCCCGCCCCUCCUGUCUCAGCUAACAGCAGCACCAAUCAGCACACAGAUCUCUUAUCCAGCCUCAUGGACUCCUUUCCUCUCAAACCCUUUGUCCUCCCGUCAUCCUCCCCUCUCUCCUCCACCUCCCCCUCCUCUAGCAGACCAGGCAGUGAGCCUCCUCCCUCCAGUCCUCCCACCGCUCUCCCCGCCCCGGGCCUCUUCUCCUCCUCUUCCUCCUCUUCCCCAUCUUCCAAGGCCUCUCCGCCUCCCCCUCCUCCAGCUCCUGUCACCACCUCUUCAUCCCCUGCUGCUGCUCCUCUUCCUCCUUCCCAGGCCUCCUCCCAGGAUGCUCCCCUCUCAGUGGAGUCGGAGGAGGAGAAGGCGAAGAAGCUGCUGUACUGCUCUCUGUGUAAAGUCGCCGUCAACUCUCUGUCUCAGCUGGAGGCUCAUAAUGCAGGUUCAAAGCACAAGACGAUGCUGGAGGCUCGGAGCGGCGCCGGGCCCAUCAAGGCCUACCCUCGAGCCGGAGCCAAGCUCAAGACCGGCAGCAGCUCUGUACUGAAGGGCUCCGGCCUGCAGAACAAAACCUUCCACUGCCAGAUCUGUGAUGUCCAUGUCAACUCUGAGAUCCAACUCAAACAGCACAUCUCCAGCAGGAGGCACAAGGAUAGAGUGGCAGGAAAACCCAGCAAACCCAAAUACAGCCCUUAUAACAAACAGCAGCGCAGCUCACUCACUAAGGAGUUGAUGAAGCCCUCCCUCUCCCCGUCCUUCCUCUCUACUCCCUUUGCUCCUCCGCCCUCCUCCCUCACUUCCACCAUUUCGCUCCCUCCCGCCACUCUCUCCUCCUCCCCCCUCCUCACUUCCACCUCCUCACCCCUCACCCAAACCAUCUCUCUCCACACUCGCCCUCCGGCACCCUCGCCCCUCUUCACAGCCUCCUUCCUGCGUCCGGCUCCUGGACCAAUCAGAGCGAGCCAAGGAUCGAUCCUCUUCGCACCCUACUGAUGGCAGCGUCGGCAGUGGGGAGUCGAACCAGCGACCUCUGACCUCUGACCUCCUGUUUGUUGGAGUGACAGAAGAGAUAUCAGUUCUGACACAAUGGCUGCAGGGAUUCAAACCUGCAACCUUCUCACCUGACUGAGGCUUCAAAAGAAGACUUGAGAGUACAGAACCUCCUUCUCCUCCUUCUGUCUAGAUCUUCUUCUCGGGUCCAAAAUUUCACAGCUGACCCGACAGCAACCUCUGAUGAUUUUAUCCAAAUCAGAACAGAACAGAGGCUGAAAAGUUCACACAAAUCCUGGAAAACCUGGGAUUUUCUAAACACAGUCAUGGGAAAGUCCUGGAAAAAUUACAGAUUGCGCCGAAAUUUCUAGAAAGCAAUAAGUGGGGAAAAAGAAAUCAGUGUGCAGCUCUUUUGUCGACCUCAUUUGUCAUUUUGAUGCUCCAGAUUCAGCUCAUUCAAAACAUCCAACUUAAAGAAAAAUAAGUGAAACAUUCAACUUGUGCAUGGAAAUAUAGAGAAUAUUUAUAUUUUUCUUUCUUUGACGUUUUUACCAAAAAAAGAACUCCAAAGUACCUCGUCAUGAAUGGCAAAUGACUCUUUAUGGCAGCCUGAAUCUACUGAAAAUAAAGCUGGAGUUUGUUUUUUAUAUAUUUUGGUUUGAUUGAGAUAACAAGAAUCAGAACUAGGAUUCGUGAGAAACCGGAAUCGACAAGCAGAAUCUAAAAAAAUAUCUCAACGAUCCCCGAAACCUGCUCCUGGUUAAAAUCCUCUCAUUUUCAGGCUAAAGAUGCAGCUUGUAUUGAGACCAGACACAAAGGUGAACAAGAAAGUCUGGACUCGGUUCUGGUUCUGUUUGGGUCGGAUGCUCAGAGUUUGGACCGGGUUAUUUCUGCCUGAACAAAUCCCCUCUGAACACAGACGUUCUUUCUUCCUCUUGCUGCAGAAGCUAACUAACGAAUACUGCUGAUGUCUUCAUGUCAUAUCAACACUGGACUGUGGUGCCACAGAUGUCCUCCUUCAGACGUCCCUGCGCUAAUGUUCAACUUGUUCCUAAUGUACAGCAUCCCGAGCAAACAAACCGGUUGAGCAAGAGAAAUGAAACUAGAGACCAUCCUGUGAUGGGAUCACACCAGCACAACGCCAAAUCGGGCCAGGGGCGUAAAUUGGGGGGCCAAAUGGCCCCUUCACCACUUCCUACCCCCCUACUUCCGCUGCCCUUGCUGGGACCACACCCAUUUUCAAGCUUGGCCUUCAUUUUGAUGUCAACCACACACCUGCAAAGUUUCGUGACUGCAUCUUGCACGGUUACGACACUAUCGCGGUGACAAAAUCUGUCCACAGACAUAUUAACACCUGGAAAAGUACUCAAAACUGCUUCUGUGGUAGUACAGUAGGCGUCUCCAGGACCACAUGAUAUCCCAUAAAAAGACCAACAAUGUGUUCAUCCCUCAAUACUUUCUGACUUCCUGUCCGUGGCUCUCACCCCCAAGCCCCUUUGGUUCGUACUGAAGACAUAAAUCUUUAAAAGUGGUUCACAAAUUUACAGUUUCAAUUUUAUAAAAUGCUCAGAAAUUUCAUAAAACAGCUAAACGCUGUUGUUUUUAGCAAAUGUUACUCAAUCAGGAGGAAAUAGUGCAUUUGUUGGGGUCUAUUUUCAGUUUGAUGUCCAGACCAAACUUAAAAUAUACCUUCUGUGUCAUCUCCACACAUUCUGGUCUCCAUGUUGUUUCACUGCCAGCCAGGUAUGUAAUUCUGGUCGACACUAAAUCCUUUUAAUUGUAAUUUAUUCUUUUUUUUUGCCUAAAUCAAUCAAAUUUGAAAUAUGUUUAGACAAAAAAACAAAACAAAAUCAGCUUUAAAAAUGUGUAAUAUGUGUGCAUUGAUAACAUGUUACCCUCCUCAAAAUCCCCAAAAUAUGACCAAGUUCAUAACAUGUCCUCAAUGGUGGCUACAGCCCUGCUGUGGAAUAAAGGUGGAAUAAACAGGAAUUAUCCUUUAAUGGAGCAGCGAUAAGAGUCUAAACUAGCUGAACUUCCUCUUUUUGAUCUAUGGCAACAUAAAAUCCAGGUGAAAUUCAGUUUCGACGGGUUCGCUCCUUCUGGUAAAACUCCUCAAAACUCCCAAACAAUAAGCCUUAACAGAAAGCUACAUCAGGAUUGAUUGUUAAUUCAGGGCAGUUAGUUGCUUGUUCUCGCCUCCCGCUGACUCAACCUGCCGUGUGUUCGGACAGAGUUUGAAUUGAAGUAUGAGUACAUGAACGCCUCCUCCUUAUAUCUGAUGUCCGCAUCUGCCUGAACCUGCUGUCGUCUCCACUGCUGGUGUGUGUUACAGACUCUGGGCCCGGCUACUUCCUGGUUUUACAGUGAAAAAGGCCUUUCGUCCUGACUGUUGCCUGGUGUGAACACUCAGUCUGUUGGUUUCAGUCUUCACCUUCCUGCUGUUACUGAAUCGGACCAGAACUUUCUGGAGUUUAAAGCAUCCGAGCAACAACUUUUACUGAACCUUUUAUCACAAAGAGUCAGAGGAACUUUUGUUAAAGACUUUUAACUUAACACAUCACUGGAACUUUUCACAACCUGCAACAGCAAAGGGACGCUUUUCUUAAAUAAGCUUAUUCACUCUCAUGAGGAAAAAGGAAAUAGAAAGAUUUCUCCGGUUGAUUUUUCUGUGCUUUAGUAAGCUAUUUUACAGUGUAUGUUGUAAAUAUUUGCCCAAAACUUUGUCACGACUUUCAAACAACAGCAUGAUCUGUCCAUCUAUCAGAAACUUUGGUCCAGAGUCAUCACACGAACCCUUUGGAUUUGGCCUCAUUACCUAUCCUCUAGUGCCACCCUCAGGAUACAUAUCACACUUUUUUAGCUUUUUAGCUACUAGUAAGGCUCUAAGAACAGCUAAUAAUUAGAAUUUUAUGUGUGACAAAAUAAUCCUCCACUUACUAGCUUUAUUCUGAGCAUUCAACUGCAUCUCUCUCUGACUUCGAAUGUGAAUGUCCUCAAUGAGCUUUCUCUGGCUGUCCACAGACUCCUGGGCGAUGACCUUUGAACUCUCCCCAGUCAAUGCUGUUUUAUUGUUAUUAUAUAUUCAUAUUUAUUUAUAUUUUUUAUUAUGACAGGGCCUAUUUUGGACCAAGUUAAACUCACCGCUUAUAAUUACAUAUUGACUGUCGACAUCUAGGAACAGAGAAAAUCACUAUGUGGGGGAGUGAAUACAUGCAGCCUGCCAGACAAUUACUUUACAUUAAAGGGCUCAAAUGCUCCGUUUUUACAGAUAAUACUUUGAGUUCUUUAUAAAAAAAAAAAUUUUUAAAAACGAGAGCAAAACAGAUCUCCGACCCAGGCUUGAAAAUAAAUCAUCUGAGGGUUUGAAAAGGUUUUUUUCAAACAAAGAAAAUGUCACAUUUAAGUGGCUAUAAGUGUGUCACUACCUUGCUAGCUUUUAUGGCUCCACUGACUCCUUUAGACACUAAAUGGCAGCUCCAUCCCUGAGAUGUCAUUGACCAUAAUCAACGUCACUGCCAUCUUACAGGGUCGUAAGUCACUGUGCGAUCCUGUAAGAUGGCAAACAUCCCACACCGCACUGUGGGAAACUGCACAAGCAAUAAUAAUAAUAAAAAAAACUCAUUAUCUGAAAUAAGAAAAUGUUUAAAUCAUAAGUUUAUGAGGGAAGGAAAUAUAUAUAUAUAAUUGUGCAGAUACCUGUAUUUUUACAGUCCAAAUCAAAUACAACAGCAUUAAUUGAUUAAUUGAAAAUUUGAAAUCACAUUGGACAUUGAUAUUGAUCUGUUCAGACAGCCUCUCCAGCAUGAACUAAAUACUCAAGUUCAAAUGCAGUUUGCAGCCAUCAGCGAGACUUAAAAAAAUUUGGUAUUGUCACAUCUGUGCUGCCAGUGUAAAAACUAUGAAGCGAUAAGUUUGUCUAAUAUCCGACUCGUGUUUUGUUUAAAUUUUGUUAGUGUCCGUUUUGGUUUUGUGUUCAUCAUUCACUCUGUGUAACAGACUUAGGUCAUGUGAUGAGGCCUGGACUAGCUCCAGCCGCUAAAGAAGGGUAUGAGAUGUGGUUGAAAGCUCAGAAGAAAAGCUCAUGAGUGGACCUUUGAGUUAAGAUCAUUUUGGCAUACAAACUGAAUUUCCUAUUGGGGGUGUAAUGAACACUGCAGCCUCUAGGGGGCACUAGUAGAACUUUCCAACGUUGGUUUGGUGUUAGCUAACAAACAUUUUUAGACCCCCAUGUAGUUCAAAUUAAAAUGAUCAGGUGGUUGUUUGACGGUCGUGAAAGAGCUUCGCAGAACCAGGAGAAACCAUAGAAAACUCCACACGUUAAAGUUAAAGAGGAGGUGUCAAAGCUCCUUCUCCAUGAUGAUGUAACAGGACGGUUUGUUGGGAGUCCACUUCCGUCUGAGGACUCUUCUCUGAUUGGCCAUCAGCAAAUUAAAUAAUUGAACCAGUCGGCUCAACUGAGGGAGAGACGCUUGUUCCGCUCUGCGAUCAGUUCAUUAAAAGGCAUCUGACGAAAUGAAAAAAAUGAAAAGGCAUUGAAUCUAAUUGGCUGGAGUAGAAUUGAAGGAUAAGUUCCCAGUUAAUUUACAGCCAGUAUGGACAGGAGGAACAAUUACAGUGACCAAUAACUCUUGAAAUUAACAUAUGGGCAUGUGAGUGUUGUUUUAGGACUUUUUUUUAUUAUUUAAAGGAAGCACUUUUUUAAAAUUCUACAAAUAAACGUCAGCGAUUCAACACCUGCUGUUUUUUAAAUACAAAAACAUAUUUAUAAGCCGUUAUUUAAUUAGUAAGAUACAUUUCAAAGCACUUUUUAGAAUUUAAAUUUAUUUAUUUGUCUAAUGAGCCACGUACAAAAAAAAUUCAGAUGGAGUGCACAAAAGUCAUUUUGUAUAAUAAUUUAUUUUAUUUUUAAUUUAAUAGUAUUUUUUUUCAAUAGUCAGUCAAAUUAAAUGUCGUUUAGUAUUUCUUACUACGAAGUCCCCAUUUAAACAUUUUGGAUUUGACACCAGUCAAACUUUUCUGAACCGUUUUAGAAAUUAGUGCCAAAGAACAUGACGAUGAAAAGACGCUUGCUCUUGAACGCAUUAAGGAAAACCAGACAGCUACAAGACUGGAUCAGAAAAAACAGAAAUAUUAAUAAUACAACCAGAAAUUGUCUGAUUAACUGGCGGUUAUUUUCUAUGGUUUCAAAUGGUUGAUAUAUUUCCUCUUCCUGCCUCUUCCUGAAGAACUUGAAGCAUCUCAGUCUUCCAAUAAUGAACAAACAGGUUUAAGGACAUUAUGUGUGUGUGUGUUUAUCUAUGCAGUAUUUUGGUCGCACAGUGCAGUAACUGUUAUCCGUCUCAUCAACAUGCAAACUGUAAUAAGAAGACAAAGUGUCAAAUCAAAUGUUGAUGAUGCUGAUUAAACCUCCGAACACGAAGCUCUGAACUCUCCAACUAAACUUCCUCCUCCUCUGUCCGAUGAUGUCAUCACGAUGCAAUAAUGUACAGAUCAGCUGCUGCUUUUCUAUUCGCUCCGCUUCCUUAUCAGCAAUACUGAGGCCUGAGAGUCUUGAUACUGGAGUCCAUGUGUUACAUACUGGACUGAAACAAACAGGGAUGCACUGUUUGAAUUGAAGAGUUAUUUGACAUGACAUGACAUCAACUUUUCAUUUUUUGUUUUAACUGUUGAAAUGUUUUUGAUGAAAACUGAGAUUGUGAGUGUGUCUGAAUGUGUGUGUGAAUGUGUGUGUGUGUGUGUGUGUGUAUUCUCUCCAUGCUUGGAAUGAACCAUCUGAUUUAAUCGCUUUACUUCCAAAAUAAAAGCUAAUUUUCCAUUAUGUAAACUCUGAAUAAUUUAAGUGUGUAAAGGAGCAGUUCACCCAAACUGCUGCACACAGGUCUCCACUCUGAACUAGACAGGAGUUGUUUUUAACACAUCUAAUAUAUUGUUUAGUUGGAAAGUUAUUUCCACCUGCAGGUAUUGAAUUAGAAUUUUUAACUUUCAAAGUUUUAAACUGUAAAUCAAAUUAAAAAAAAAAAAUCCGUUACAUAUAUUUUAAAAGAAUAAAUCCAGAUUUUGAAAACCCAAGUCUAAACUGUGGUGACACAUUAGAUUCAGUUUUCUGAGACAUCAUUUCAACUCAUCUUUCACAGAUUAUUUGGAAUGGAAACGGGUGAAUUGCUUAACAAAUGGAAUCAAGAUGUUGAUAAUAAAACGAGAAACAGUUCAGAGUUGAAAAUAGACAGAUAUUUCUUUUAGACUUCAGCUCAGAACAGCAACAUCUAAUCGUCCUCAUGCGUGUUUCAAAGUGACACUUCCUGCUUCAGAGAACCUCCAUCCACAUCUUUAUGUACAGUAUUUAUUCUCUGAGCUUGUUUUUUAUGAUCAUUAUGAUGCAAAUAUGCAAACGCAAACUUGUCAGGUUGAGAUUAUGUAACAUUUCUCUCCUUAUCAUUUUAUUUCUGUAACUUUGUUCUAUUUGUUUUCAUUAAAAAAAAUGCUGAACGUA